UGGGGGACCGAUCGGUAAUAUGAAACCAAUAGUAAGGGUACAGAAGUAAUUGUAGGAAGGCCCUAUAUCUAUAUAAACCACGGAAUGAAACCCUAAUUUCAUACCAGAACCUCAGCUCCAUCUGAACGCCGAGGUAGCGGCAAUUCUGCUUUGCUUAUCAGAAUGGAUUCUCAAAUCAAGCAUGCUCUUGUGGUGAAAGUUAUGGGUCGCACAGGAUCAAGGGGUCAGGUGACCCAGGUGAGAGUCAAAUUUCUUGACGAUCAGAACCGGUAUAUCAUGAGGAAUGUUAAGGGCCCAGUGAGGGAAGGUGAUGUGCUGACCCUGCUUGAGUCUGAGAGAGAAGCAAGAAGGUUGCGCUGAUAUCUUGUUUGCUAUGAACAUUGUGCCAUUCUACUAAAGCUUUUAUGCCUAUGCUGUCUGCGAUGAGAACUUGUCUUAAUGUUUCUUUCGUUCUCUUUCCCCCUUUUUGUUGUUAAGGAAGACAAUUGGUAGGGUUGAUUGAGUUUUGUUAAAUGGUUGGAUUAUGUAUGUUUAAGCUUCGUGGUGGUAUGAAAUACAUUGAGUGAUA